AUGAGGACUCUCACCAUAGACAGCUACAGCUGGUACUGGUAUUGUUACCUGUUGGCAGUACUAGUCCACCAGGUGGAAAUAUCGGUGAUCCUUUUAAAACGCGGCCAUAUUUUCCGGGUGCCUUUCUCUACCAAUCCAAGAGAACCCAGAAGGCUCCUUAUAUCCAGGAUCCCUCUUUCCUUCCGUUCCUUCGUUCACUCCUUGAACACCAGAUCCAAGUCGAUUCCACUCCAGCUCACAGGGCCAGGUCAACUCAGCAGUGAGUGCAAAAGAAAAUUCCAGAGUUCAUAUCUGCCUCGGAUUGGCCCUCAGGAAGCCGUGAUCUCAACCCACUAUAUUAUCGGCUUUGGUCCAAACUGGAGAGGAUGGCAUGCCACAGAGCACAUCCUAACUUAG